AUUAGAUUGUUGAAUUGAAUUCUUUAUCAUUAUAGAUAUCUUGAUAAUCUAAGAUUUAUAAGCAAGGGCAUUCUAUUUUUCAAUAAUAAAUGAAAUAAAGGGAAUGCGAUUACAGUAAUGGAUAUAUCUUAAGAUUAAAAGUAUUAUUAAAUUGCUUAUAAUGUCGCAAGCACUCAAAGUGGAGGUUUAUAGAAUUGAUAUUUACGAGACACCUAAUUAAAAUUUAACCUAAAAUUAAAGAUUUUAAUCAUAUUUAUAUACUUAACUUUAACUUAAAAUGUCAUCAAAAAUCUUUGGCAUAUUGAUUAUAAAAAAUCAUGUAUAAAAUGAAGGAGAAUUAUAUUUGAAAUUACAAAUAAUGACAGAGAAAUAAGAGGAUCAGCAAAUCAUUCAUAUGAACAUGAGUCUUCAAUUAAUUGAUUUAUAUAGGUACAUCUAGCUUUUAGCACUUAAAAAAUUUAGAUCCUCUAUAAAACAGUAUUUUCUAAAAAAAAUUGAAAUAUAUCAUUAAUGCAUUAAGUUUUAAAUUUUAAUUAAGUGA